AUGUUCACGAUACUGGCGGUCCUCAAGUACAGCAGUUUAGUGCUUAGCAAAAAUCAAGUAAGAAACUGUCUAGCGCGAAUGAAGGACGAUUGGCGAAAUGUCAUAAGUACCAAUGCUCGUAAUUCCAUGAUUCAUAAAGCCAAGACUGCAAGACGUUUGCUCAUUCUGUGUGGCAUAUUCAUGUACAUAUCCGGCUUAUAUUUUCGUACAGUCGUGCCGUUAAGCAAGGGAAAAACCAUUACCAAUCAGAACGUCACAAUCAGGCAUUUGCCGUGCCCGAGUUAUUUUGUUCUAUUUAACGGGCAAAUUAGUCCAGCGUAUGAAAUCAUGUUCUUUAUACAAUUCUUCUCCGGAUUCAUCAAGUAUACCAUUACGGUGGUGAUUUGCAGCCUCGCCGCUCUUUUCGUUAUGCAUACAUGUGGUCAACUUGAAAUAUUGAUGACGUUAAUAAACAGCCUGAUAAACGAAACAGAGGAAAAGAAUUUGGAUAAAAAGCUGGCUUUCACCGUGGAACAUCAGAUAAAGAUGCGAAAUUUCUUACGAUUGGUGCAAAGCACUUUGCAAUAUACGAGCUUAUUAGAAGUGAUGGGAUGUACGAUAAUUGUAUGUCUUCUAGGACACGAUGUCAUCACGGGAGAAAAAUUAGCAUUAACAGUAUGUACGUUGGCUUGGUACCGUCUUCCGAAUGCGAAAGCACGAGCACUGAUAUUAGUUAUAGCCACGUCGAUUGUUCCGGCAAAACUAAAAGCCGGAAAGUUCUUCGAUCUGUCCAUCAGAACUUUCGGCGAUGUUGUUAAAACGGCUGUGACAUACCUUAAUUUUAUUCGAAAAAUGAUGGAGUAA